CCACUGACCGCAUUAUUGACUGCACAGUUUUUUAGUACCAGUACCAGGUAUAACGCUAACACUCGUAAGAGUCGCGAAUCCUGAAACGCGGCUCGUGGAUAAUAUUUUUUAUAUUUUUAUUUGUGAAUGAUGUGUUGACAAAAGCCUGUAAUUAAUUUUCACUUCUACUUACUUUGGUAACUAAAUGUAAAUAGCGGAUGCACUGUUGAUUGUAUUGAAUUUUGUCUGGUGUGGUGUUCAUUCUGACACUGCCUGGGGGUAUGUUGGGUUUUUCGCCGAAUUCUUCCCCACCGGCAUGUACCAACAUAUUAUCACAUAUUUUACUGUACGGAUCUACAAAACAGUAAUAAUUGACGAACGCGACCAUGCUAUCGUUUGAGCUUUUUUUCCAUUAUUCUCUUGACAUUUCCUUCCAUUCCUAGGUACUUCAUACGAUUAAUUUAAUAUAUAUGGUUCCAGUUAACAAUGACCACCCGGGAAACUUGCCAUGGAUGUGGACUGCAGUGAUAAUACUACCAUUGUACAUCAAACUGAUUAAUUUGCGACCGUUUUCCAGAAGCAUGAAAUCCACUUAGCUAGAUCAUUAAGAACACCCUCAAAUAUAUAAGCAUUUUCCAACUGAAGAGAAAUUUUGUUUUUAAUGGAGUUAUGCGCGAUUAGCAUAUUAUUUUAUAUGGAGUAUCGCCACUGAUUUUGCCAACGAUAUUACCGUAGCCGACUGCGAAAUGGGAUACCAGACUAAGCAUCCACGCACAAUAGUCGUUCUAGCCAGUAUUCAAAAGUAUCUGGGAUCUGUGUUCGGACUGCUGCUUGCCUUCGGGCUGGGAAUAUUUUCUGGACAGCAGGAAUGUCAUACCUCGCACCAUGGAGAACAUCCGGAAAUUCUGUUUUCUUGGAGGCGAUGGACACUGAUGACAUUCGAAAUCCUCGACAUCAUCUGCAUGCUGAUCGCGGGAAAGAUUGGCAGAUCCGCUAUUGCAUUUAAGCAUGGCCAAUGCCAGCAACGCAAUCUCCGCCGGUUCUUUGCUCUGAAUGUGAUAGGACUGAUGAUCUCAAUUAGCGACAUGAUAACCACCAUAUGCAUAUUACUGGACGUAUCGAACCUGGCCGGCAACAUAUGGAUCAUUGACGCUAAAAGCGACUUUUAUUUACCGGCUACUGUGAUUUUUUUCGUUUUCAUAGUCAUGAAAAUCGGCAUACAAGCCGCAUCGCUUUUACUUUCUUUUGACUGCGUCUUUCCCCAUCCCAUAUCGAGAUCGCAUACGCUGUUGGAUUUUGACGGGGCAGCUUUAAAAGGUGACCGGAAGUCGUCAAUAUCUAGCCACAGGAAAAUUUCUGCAAUUUCGAAUGGAAUUAGGAAAAGUUCUUUACCGAAAGCAGUUUCUGACGUUUAACAUAAGCCAUUGUUAAUAUAAGUAAUUCAAUUAUUUAUUUAAAGCAGCAUGGUAGCGUGGGACGGAGUGAUUAAGUGCUGUAAAAUAAAGGUAUACAAUAAGCGUCAAAGGCGGUCGCGCAU